GUAAGCAACCCAGCAGCGUCUCUCGACAACCCCAGGAUAUUUGCACAUUGUGUGUCCAAAAUGUUGAUUUUGUCCGAGGUUUUCUCGCCGAGGUGACCGUCACACCCACUACUACAGCUGGGAUGGCGCUGGUCACUGUUCAGCGCUCACCCACACCGAGUACCACCUCCAGCCCCUGCGUGUCGGAAUCGGGGAGCGGAGAAGAUGACCGUCGCUCCCAGCCUCGGAGUAUCAGCGAGAGCUUCCUGACGGUGAAGGGGGCUGCACUCUUCCUCCCCAGGGGCAGCAGCCCCACCCAGAGCUCCUCGUCCCAUGGCAGCCAGCGCCGAAACAAACACGCAGGGGACCUCCGCCAGCACCUCCAGACCAUGUUCACCCUGCUCCGUCCCGAGGACACCAUCCGCCUGGCGGUGCGUCUGGAGAGCGCCUACGCCCAGUUCACCCGCUACAUGGUGGUGGUCUCCACCAACGGGCGGCAGGACACGGAGGAGAGCAUCGUGCUGGGCAUGGACUUCACCUCCUCCGAUAGUUGCUGCACACUGGGCCUGGUUCUGCCCCUGUGGAGCGACACCCUGAUCCACCUGGAUGGAGACGGCGGUUUCAGUGUGUCGACAGUCAACAGGAUUCACGUGUUCAAGCCCGUCUCCGUCCAGGCCAUGUGGUCUGCGCUGCAGUCGCUCCACAAGGCCUGCGACGUGGCCCGCUGUCACAACUACUACCCAGGCAGCCUGUUCCUGACCUGGGUCAGCUACUACCAGAGUCGCCUCUCCUCCGAUCAGUUCUGCAUCAACGAGUGGAAUGCCAUGCAGGACGUCCUCUCCCACCGCCCCGACUCCCCGGUCCUCUUCACCGACGUACCCACGGAGAGGGAGCGCACAGAGAGGCUGAUCAAGACACGCCUUCGAGAGAUCAUGAUGCAGAAAGACCUGGAGAACGUCACCUCCAAGGAGAUCCGCACAGAGCUGGAGAUGCAGAUGGUGUGCAACCUGAGGGAGUUCAAAGAGUUCAUCGACAACGAGAUGAUCGUCAUCCUGGGCCAGAUGGACAGCCCCACCAAGAUCUUCGACCACGUGUACCUGGGGUCUGAGUGGAAUGCGUCCAAUCUGGAGGAGCUGCAGAACAGCGGGGUGCGGUACAUCCUCAACGUGACCCGGGAGAUCGACAACUUCUUCCCGGCAGUGUUUGAGUACCACAACAUCAGGGUGUUCGACGAGGAGGCCACCAACCUGCUGGAGUACUGGAACGAGACCUACAAGUUCAUCUCCAAAGCCAAGAAGGCCGGCGCCAAGUGCCUGGUGCACUGCAAGAUGGGCGUGAGCCGCUCGGCGUCCACGGUGAUCGCCUACGCCAUGAAGGAGUACGGCUGGGACCUGGAGCAGGCCUUCGACCACGUCAAGCAGUGCCGCGCCGUCACCAAGCCCAACCCCUCCUUCAUGAAGCAGCUGGAGGAGUACCAGGGCAUCCUGCUGGCCAGCAAACAGAGGCACAACAAGCUGUGGCGCUCCCACUCAGACGGCGACCUAUCGGAUCGUCCCGAGCCCCUGUGCAAGCCCACCUCCCACUCGCUGGGCCGCUCGGACCCGCACAACAACAACAACGUCUCCUCCCCCUCGUUGCAUCACUUCCUGGGCGUCGCCGUGCUGCAGGCGCUGAGCGCGGAUCCCCUGGACGCGUCGGUCCGACCCGCCGACCCGCUCUCCCCCCGGCCCCGGGCGGGCACCCUGGCCCCCAGUAGCCUGCCCGCCGCCGCCGCCGCGCCCCACCCGCCGUACUCGCUCCACCUCCUGGCACCGCCUUCCCCUGACGGCGUUGACUCGGAGCAGGAGGCCUCCCCGCUGACGGCCGGCUCCAGCGACACCCUGGAGGGCUCCCUGUCCGAGGGUCUGGCCAGCGGCGCCGUCAGCCCCCUCAGCCCCCUCAGCCCUCUCAGCCCCCUCGCGGCCGCACCUCCCCUCUCCCGGGGUCCCACCACCACUAUCACCCUCAACAACAAUACCGCCUCCCCCAUCCACACCCAUGAGGUCAAUGGUACCGCCAUCACCGCCCCCACCCCCGCCACCAUCAAUGAGAACGACAUCCCCGCCCCCAUCAAUGACGACAACAAUAUCGCCAACCCCGCCCCCAUCAAUGACGACAACAAUAUCGCCAACCCCGCCCCCGUCAAUGACGACAACAACAACCCCAGCGAGGAGCAGCCGGACGGCGGCAGCAGCUCCGAGGGCCGCAGCGACGCCUCUUCCAGCUACAGCGGGGACAGCAUCGACUUCUUCAGCGCCCGGGAGAAGUUCCUGGGCCUGGCGCUGGACGGGCGCGGGGCCCGGGCGCCGCCCACCCCGGACCGCGCGCCGCAGCCGCGCACGCCGCCGUCACCGUCGCAGCCCUCCCUGGAGGAGCACGGCGAACACAGGGAGGAGGAGGAGGAGGAGGAGGAGGAGGAGGAGCCAGAGCCGGAGCCGAGGAAGGAGAUGAGUCAGGUCCCUCCAUGCUCUGACGAGCCCCUGGACAAGGCCCGCCCUGACGCGGCUCCUCACCACGACAACGCGCUGUCGGUGCGCCACAUCGUCACAGAGAUCGAGUCCAUAUCGCUGCUCCCCGCGGCCCCCACCUCCCUGCCCCUCCCGCCCUGCCGUAGCCCCCCCCAGCCGGGCCGACCCGCCCAGCCCCUGGAAGACCAGGAGACGGGCGAGGUCACCGGCGGCGGCGGCGACUGGUCCCCGACUCCUCCCCCGUCCCAUCCCCAGUCCCCCUCCACGCCGGCGCAGGAGCCGCCCGAUUGGCCCAUGGGCUCGGUGCGGCGCGCCACCAAGCAGCUGGAGCAGCGGCUGAAGCUGGGGCUGGAGCUGUCCCCGGCUGCACAUCCUCCUCCUCCUCCUCCUCUUCCUCAGCUCCUCCCCCGCUCCCCGCUCCACUCCCCCGCCGCUGAACACCCAUCCUCGCCGCGCUCCCCCGAAUCAGCCGCCACGGAGCCUCGGAUCCGCCCCCCCGGGAGGCGGGAAGACGAUCAGGUACAGCCCGCCGUAACGCACGCAGACGCAGCGUCCAAAGACACUCCAGUGGCGUCCCGGAGGGACCACCAAAGACUGGCCUCCCCGGACCCCGUUCGCCUUCCAGGCGACGCUCUCUUCAGCCGAGGUCCCGGCGCCUCACUGGACUCUGAUCCCACGGAAUGCAACGGGAGCGCCAUCAUGGAUUCAGAAACCUCCCUCCCGUCUUCCCACUCGCCGCGGGCCUCACCACUCAACGUGUCGGGGGUGACGGUCCAGGAGUCGGACACGGAGGCCGCCGCGCCGCCCCGCGCAUGCCGGAGUCCGGGCUGCGGCUCCUCUUGCGACGCCCGCCAGAAGCUGGCUCACAGCAGCCAGGAGCUGGAGAGGAUCCAGCAGACGCUACGGGAGCUGCAGGCCUUCCUCCACGAGGGGGGUCCGCCGGAGGGGCAGGUCAAGGCCGCAGACCCCCGGGGCUCCAGAGAGGAAAUGGACACGGAGCCGGACCCGGGGCCGGGCGAGGGGGAGGCGGCGUGUAGCGGUCAGGCUACAGGGGUCCCGGAGCGGCGGGGGCUCCGGGACCGGCAGGGGAAGAGCUACCGGGAGCCGGCGGCGUGGCGGCGGGCCGUGGCGCUGGAGGCCCGGAUCCGGCAGGCGGGCCUGACGCCCCCGUCCCAGAUGAAGCGCUCGGCGUCUCUGGCCAAGCUGGACCGCCUGGAGCUGUCGGCCAACGACCUGAGCGACUGGGACCUGAGGCCGCCCCCCCAGGCCCCCUAUUCACACCCCCGGCGCUGUGGCAGGGCCGCGUCCCAGCCGCACCCGGGACCCGACGACUCUUGGAAGAAGCAGCGGGUGCUGGUUCCACUCCCCGCUGCCCCCCAGAGACCCCCGCACCGCGCCUUCCAGGGGGACGGCUGCGACAGCGCUGCCGCGGCGGCCGCGGCCCCCGCCCCGAGGAGAGAGGAAGAGACGGGCGAGAAGGAGGGGGAGGGCCGGGGCCGGUCGCAACGGCACCGGCGCCGGAGCUCCGCGGAGAGGAAGCAGCAUCAGCAGACCACCACUGUGCUCUAUAACACCAUGUGACCUCACUGCAGGGGACAGACCACUACUGGAACUGUUGUGUGUGUGUGUGUGUGUGUGUGUGUGUGUGUGUGUGUGUGUGUCUGCAUGUGUGUGUGAGAGCCACUGUGAGCUCGAUCUCUCCACCAAGACUGUGUUGGCCUACCUCACGUUGAGUAGCAGGGGUGUGGAGGUCCUUCCUCCACAAUGAUGUUUGUACAAAGUAAAGGACGGGACACGUCUGCAUGUAUGCCACUGGAUGUGUGCCGGUAUUGUGUGUGUGAGCGCGUGUGCGCACGCUAGUGUGGAUAUGUACGUCCGAUAAGGAAUUGUGAAUGUCCAAAACUAAUGCUGACCCUGUGAGUUUUUAUUGUUUUUAUUUUUACAUCCCCUUUCAGGUGCGUUUUUUUUUAUUUACGUGGCCUCUGCUUGUUCGGGGUUUCUGAAACAAAAGACACAGUUUUCUUAAAUCACAAGGAGGGGUUCAAAACAUGCACUUUAAUCUUGUUUUGACUUGUUUUUCUUGUACUCCCCCCAAGCCCCUGUUAAAACACUUUUUUAUUUUAAAUAGCUAAUGUUAAUACCCUAGAGGAGUAUUUUUGCACUGAUUUAUUACAGCGGGCUUUUUCUGUCUUUUCAUUUGCCUGUCUUGAUAUCAAUUGAUAGAUUUUUUUUACCUGUGUUUUAUCCAUAAAUAAAAUGUUUAUCCAUCUAAUAUUCAUCCCUGUGAUUUCAUUUUUGAAGUUGCCUACAUAUUUAUGCGUUCAAAAUUAGUCAUAGUACUAUUGACCUCCUUUCGAACAAUUACGUAUCUUUAGGGCCACCUGCUGGUCAAACGAUGAACUGCACAUCAUACGAGUUUACGUCCAUACGUGGAGAGGCUACGGCUCAGCGGCUGACGCGCCUUUCUGUGGAUCAACUGAAGCAGCUGAUAGCAUGAGCGGCCUCACAAACUAC